UCAUGACGUCAAGUUCUAACGGAAAUGAUGAAGUUUUCAUCAUUAUCAGAUGAUCAAUCCUGUUAUCCUUUAGUUGGGUGGUUGAUUGUUGUUGGUGUCGCAAGUAGUGAAUGGGUUGUGGUCAUUGAAUAUGGUUGACAGUUGAAGAGCGACAUGAUUUCAUGUCCCUCACCAAUAAACUAUGGAUUUUAUUUUAUCUUGAUAUAUUCUUUUUUAAAUUAAUUUGAAAAAUGGAUCGAAGCUAAAUCUUAAAAAAAGAAUCUUUAUCCAUAAUCUCGAUAAGAAAAAAUUCAUAAAAAAUGGGCAACUGUUUCAGUCGCACGGCUAGCAAAAAUGUCAAGAAAGAAGUAAGUGGACAGCCUCCUGUUGAGAGAAAUAUUCUGGACAACUGUCCAUCUUCCUUGACAUCUUUGGGUGUGCAAACUCAUGAACCCUCAGUGACCAAUUUGAGAUAUGCCUCAGAUCCCACUUGUAGAAACGGACCCAGUUUACCACCAGUACCAUCAGACUCUGAUAGUUCAUCGGGCGCAGGUGCCAAAAUCUUUGUUGCCCUUUAUGAUUAUGAUGCUAGAACAGAUGAGGAUUUGAGCUUUAAAAAAGGUGAACAUUUGGAAAUUUUAAAUGAUACUCAAGGUGAUUGGUGGUUCGCUCGUUCAAAAUCUACCAAACAAGAAGGAUAUAUUCCAUCUAAUUAUGUGGCGAAACUUAAAUCAAUUGAAGCUGAACCAUGGUAUUUCGGCAAAAUCAAGAGGAUAGAAGCUGAAAAGAAACUGCUGUUACCUGAGAAUGAACAUGGAGCUUUCCUCAUUCGAGAUAGUGAGAGCAGAAGGAAUGAUUUCUCUCUGUCUGUGCGAGAUGGAGAUACUGUAAAACACUACAGAAUUCGUCAAUUGGAUGAAGGUGGUUUCUUCAUUGCUAGGAGAACCUCUUUUCGUACUUUGCAAGAACUUGUUCAGCAUUACAGUAAAGAUGCCGAUGGAUUAUGUGUUAAUUUACGAAAACCUUGCAUUCAGGUUGAAAAACCAACUACUGGUGGUUUAUCUCAUAAUACCAGAGAUCACUGGGAAAUUGAUCGAAGUUCUCUGAAUUUUGUUCGAAAAUUGGGACAAGGUCAAUUUGGAGAAGUAUGGGAAGGACUGUGGAAUAAUACAACUCCAGUUGCUAUUAAAACUUUAAAAACAGGUACAAUGGAUCCUAAAGAUUUCUUAGCUGAAGCUCAAAUAAUGAAGAAGCUAAGGCAUCCAAAAUUGGUGCAACUGUACGCUGUCUGCACAUUAGAAGAGCCCAUUUACAUUAUAACUGAGUUAAUGAAACACGGCAGUUUACUUGAAUACCUACAAGGUCUAGGAAAAGCGAGAGCUUUGAAAUUGCCUCAACUAAUUGACAUGGCUGCUCAAAUAGCAUCUGGAAUGGCAUAUCUUGAAUCUCAGAACUACAUACAUAGAGAUUUAGCUGCAAGAAAUAUUCUUGUGGGAGAUAAUAAUGUUGUGAAAAUUGCUGAUUUUGGAUUGGCUCGACUGAUAAAGGAGGAUGAAUAUGAAGCCAGAGUUGGUGCUCGGUUCCCCAUCAAAUGGACUGCUCCAGAAGCUGCAAAUUACAGCAAGUUUUCUAUCAAAUCUGAUGUCUGGUCCUUUGGUAUUCUACUCACUGAAUUAGUUACUUAUGGUCGUAUACCUUAUCCAGGUAUGACCAAUGCUGAAGUAUUGCACCAAGUUGAGCACGGUUAUCGUAUGCCAUGCCCACCUGGUUGUCCCCCUGCUUUAUAUGAGAUUAUGUUGGAGACAUGGCACAAGGACCCCAUGAAGAGACCAACAUUUGAGACCUUGCAGUGGAAACUGGAAGACUUCUUCACCUUAGAGGGUUCUGAGUAUAAGGAAGCUUCCAAUGUCUACUGAACAAAACUUCAGAAUGUUGUGUAUUCUAAUUUAUUCAUGUAUUGUUUAAUGCAUAUUUUGUUGUCAUGCACCUUUUUUUUGCAUGUGAAGUAAUUUGACAAGAUCUUUUUGCUUUAUUUCACAUUGACAGGGGAGGGGGGAACAUUCAAAAUGGGGAACUUCUCAAGAUUUUGUUUGAAUUCUAUUCAUACUUUUUUGUUACUAGCAAACAAUUUUAUUUCAAUAAAUUAAUGUGUAGAUUGCAAGA